CCGUGACUUCAGGAAAUAGCACGCUGACCCCCCGCCUCCCCCUAUUGUUGAUCCACCCUGCCGGGAACAGCCAACCGUUCUGACCGAAACGUUUAUCGAAGUUGCGGAAUCCUUUUGUAUUCCAACAUUUAUCGCCACUCGUAUGCUGUGACUUUCAAUAGUUUAGCAAACAUCCAUAAAAGUAUCGAAGCUAUAACUCUCGAGGGAGUGACGUUGGUUGGGAAAGAGGAAACUUUUUAAUCCCUGGACGAAUUCCCGAUUGCAUUCCACCAUUUUGAGGCGUUUUUUUUUAGCUGGAAAAGUUUUCAAGUGUAUUGUCUUUCGAUACGGAGUGAACAUGACAGCCAUAAACACGGCCAACAUAAACUUCAAAUGGGAUCCAAAGAGCCUGGAGAUCCGUACCCUGGCUGUGGAGAGGCUGYUGGAGCCCUUGGUCACACAGGUCACGACCCUGGUGAACUCCAGCAACAAGGGUCCGUCCAAUAAGAAGAAGGGUCGCUCUAAGAAGGCCCAUGUAUUGGCUGCCUCGGUGGAAACCGCUACGUUGAACUUCCUGGAUAAAGGAGAGAAGAUCGCCAAGGAGAGCCAGUUUCUCAAGGACGAGCUCACUGCUGCUGUGGAGGAUGUGCGAAAGCAAGGUGAAUCCAUGAAGCAGGCGUCAGCAGAGUUUGCGGAGGACCCCUGUUCCUCGGUAAAGAGGGGUAACAUGGUCCGUGCUGCCAGGGCCCUCCUCUCUGCUGUCACUCACCUGCUGGUGCUGGCUGACAUGUCUGAUGUCUACAAGCUGCUGCUGCAGCUCAAACUGGUGGAGGAGAACCUGGUGAAGGUGCGUAAUGCUGGAACAGAGCAGGACCUGGGCAUACAGUACAAGGCCCUGAAACCAGAGGUGGACAAACUCAACAUGAUGGCUGCCAAGAGACAGCAGGAGUUGAAGGAUGUGCACCAUAAGGAUCAGAUGGCAGCUGCCCGCGGUGUUCUCCAGAGGAACAUCCCCAUGCUCUACACCGCCUCCCGCGCCUGCCUUCAACACCCGGACGUGGCCGCAUACAAGGCGAACCGUGACCUGAUCUACAAGCAGCUUCAGCAUGCCGUCUCAGGCAUCUCUAAUGCUGCCCAGGCUACCGCCUCCGACGAUGCUGCCUUCAACCACCCUCCCGGGGGAGGAGAGCUGGCCUACGCUCUCAACAACUUUGAUAAGCAGAUCAUCGUGGACCCCCUGGCGUUUAGCGAAGAGCGUUUCCGCCCGUCUCUGGAGGAGCGCUUGGAGAGCAUCAUCAGUGGCGCCGCCCUCAUGGCCGACUCGUCCUGCACCCGUGAUGACCGGCGCGAGCGCAUCGUGGCCGAGUGCAACUCUGUCCGUCAGGCUCUGCAGGACCUGCUGUCCGAGUACAUGGGCAAUGUAAGUGUCAUCUCUUUCUCUUUCUGCUACUAACCCAGCUUAUGGACA